AUGUCGGCUGCAGCGAGGGCACGCGCGCCGGCGCUCUUGGCGGGCCUGCGGCGGCUUGGGACGUCGGCGACUGAGGCCGAGAGGGAGCGCGGGGCGAGGUGGGAGCUCUCGGCGGCGCGGGAGUACUACGACUACCGCAAGUCCAUCUACGGCGACGUCACCCACCGCGCGCUCCUCGUCGACGCCGUCGGCACCCUCGUCGUCCCCGCUCAGCCCACCGCCCAGGUGUACAAGAGCAUUGGCGAGAAGUAUGGUGUGACAUACUCCGAAGAAGAGAUCCUGGCGCGAUACCGGUGGGCUUAUGGGCAACCAUGGGGCGGAUCACGGCUCAGAUAUGUCGAUGACGGAAGAACCUUUUGGCAACACAUAGUCUCAUCUUCUACAGGGUGUUCAGACUUGGAGUACUUUGAGGAACUAUACCAAUACUAUAUGACAGAAAAGGCUUGGAAGCUUUGUGAUCCUGAUGCUGAAGAUGUGUUUCAAGCUUUAAGAAAGGCUGGUGUUAAAACUGCUGUUGUCUCCAAUUUUGAUACCCGUCUACGGCCACUUCUACAGGCCUUGAAAUGUGAUUGCUGGUUUGAUGCAGUUGCCGUGUCUGCUGAGGUUGAGGCAGAAAAGCCAAACCCAAAAAUAUUUUUGAAGGCCUGCGAGCUUUUAGAUGUCAAACCUGAAGAAGCUGUGCAUGUUGGGGAUGAUCGUAGAAAUGAUUUAUGGGGAGCUAGAGAUGCAGGAUGUGAUGCGUGGCUUUGGGGCAGUGAUGUUUAUUCUUUCAAGGAGGUUGCCGAGAGGAUUGGAGUUGAGGUGAAGGGAUAA